AUGGCAACGCCCGAGCGAGACGAGACGGUUGGGAAACGGCAAGGGUUACGCGAGGAGCAGGCGUCGUCGAGAACAAAUAGGACGCCGAGGAUGAACGCCUCAAUGCCUCGACGUACAGACAGGCGGGGCCAUGGUUCGAUGAUUUCCAGAGACCAAGGCGAUCAGCGACGCGCACACGACCAGAACAGAAGACCAGCAGACCAGCAGACCAGCAGACUAGCAGACUAG